CCGGUAUAGGUGUGUCUGAGUCACCUGUCGCGGCGGUUCCCAGGCGCCGGCCGCUUGAGAAGUUGGUAAAAUCGGCAAAGCCCGAAAGAACUCGGGGGAUGUAGUGAGGGGCAAAGACCCCCAGGGGAAAGGGUCUGAGAGGGAGGUGGUGAUCGAGGGAAGAGAUGAUUUCGGCCUCCGGGGUGCGUUACCAGAGGGUCCAGGCCGAGGACUGGAAUGAGGAGGAGGAGGAGGAAGGAAAAGUCACUAUCAACCUGUACUCGGCCUCAACGCGCUCCUCGCUUUCCCGUCAGAAGCGGGAGUCUUGCGUUCGUAUUACCGCGUCGGUGGUGCUGCUCAGCAUUGGCCUUUAUUUUGCGCUCCACGUUUUGAGGAAUGGCAGCCUCGAGGCUCCCGGCAAAGGCAGCAGUGCCAAAGAUGGGAAGGCCCACCACGGAGAAGGACACCAUCACCACGGCAACAAGGGAGCUCCUGCCCACCAUCACGAACAUGGAGUUUACCAUCACGCGGCUGUGAUUACUGAUUCAGAGACCUGCUCCAGCUUUGCAAAGGAGGUCCUGACUGAAGGUGGGACUGUGGUAGAUGCUGGAAUUGUAGCAAUGCUCUGCUUGGGAGUGGUGCAUCCACACAGCGCUGGAAUAGGUGGCGUUCUCUCAGCGGUGUUUUAUAACAAGACCUUGGGAACGACAAAGGCUCUAAGCACUUUUCCAGUGGAAUCUCUGAACCUGAGCUAUGGCAUCCCAUCAACCCUUCAGGGCCUCCGACUGUUGCACCAUGAGUUUGGCAGCCUGAGCUGGGCUCAGCUGUUCCAACGGCCGUUGGAGCUGGCGAGGAACGGCUUCCUCGUCGAUAACAUCCUGGCAGGAGCUUUGAGAGAGGCAGCGGCACACAGGACCGACCUGUGCCCGCUCCUCUGCAGCCAGGGCUGGGAGCUGAAAGCAGCGGGUGCCAACGCCACCAACAGGAAGCUGGCCAGUGUUCUUGAGAAGGUCAGCGCAGAGAUGGAGGAAGCCACCUUCCCGGAGUCCCUUGCUUGGCGAAUAGCUGGAGACGUGCCAAAGAUAGGCCGGCGGGCUUUCGUGGAGGCGGUCAUAAGACAGCGAGCUACCCUGGUUGAGCCUUUGGUGACUGAACUUGACCACUUCUUCCUGUAUGUUGCACCACCACCUGCCUCGGGUGAAGUCCUGACCCGGAUCGUGAAGCGGGCCGGGCAGCUUAGCCUCUCCCUGGUCAGUGUUUCCAGUGCCGAAAAUGCGUCCGCCGCUUACCAGGGCAUUCUGAACGCAGCCCAGCAGGCCUACCAGAGCCUCCCGGGUUUCCCGGGACCCGUUCCCUGGAGCCACCAGAAACAAAGCAAGGGCAAACCCUCCAUGCAGACUGCUCCGGCCGGCAGUCAGGUCACAGUAAUCGACGUUUCUGGCAACGUUUUGGCGAUGGUCAGCUCCCUCAACAGCUCGUUCGGGGCGAAGGUCCUCUCUCCUUCUACAGGCAUUUUCCUGAGCGAUUUCACUGAGAGAACAGACUCUGGCGUUCUUUACUGGGCUUGCCCAGCCGUGCUGAGAGCUAGGGCUGGGGAUGGUCUCGUGGCGAUCGCGAGUGCGGGGGGAACAUCCGCUCCCUUUGCUGCCGCUCAGGUAGUUUUGAACAAAGUUUAUUUCGAGAGGUCGGCGAGGGAGGCGCUCUCCGGUCCCCGCUUUUACCUGAAUGCUGGAGUGGGAGGAAUCCUGCAUAAGCUCGUCUCUGGACUGCAGAGAGAUUCCAAAAUUUAUACUCUCCUGUUGCGGGAAGAGCCGGAGCUGGAACUGGUCAAUGGAACAGCGGGAGGUGUGACCGCCACAGUGGUUGAAUCCCACCUGGGCCACAUAAGUGCUUUCGGACAGCCGCAAACGUAUUCUUAUGCCGACGGUUAUUAACACAGUGGGAGGCUACUCGUUCCGUUCAGAAUGAGUAGACAGUAUCUGCUACCCCCCCUCCCCUAUUCACUGUUUCCUAAAUGAUUUUGGAAGUUUUCACUUCCGCUGCUCUCCCUGAAAUCUAUUCCUGGGUGUCAGCCGUUCCUCAGCAGGUAUCCCCCCUCUCACCUCUGAUCUGUGGAUUCAUGUCCCACUCCAGAGAGUUGGGCGCACAACCUAGACACUCACUCCAAUACUUGGGGAGGGGGGAGGGGUUGGUGGAGUUGGGGGUCACUAUUCACAGAACAGGAGGAGAGUUCCCCAUGACAUCUGUCCAAUAUGUAUCCCUUAAUACCUAAAACAGAUUAUCUGCUAGUUAUCUCAUCGAUGUCUGGGAGCUUGCUGUAUACAAAUUGGCUGCCACAAUUCCAACACUACAGCAGUGACUGCUCCAAAAGCCCUUCAUUGAUUGUAAAGCGCUUUGGGACGUCCUAAGGUUAUGAAAGCCGCUAUAGAAAUGCAAAUCUGUCUUUUAAUUUAUGCAUCAUUCCCUCUGUGGGAAAAAAACUUAUGGAUAAAACCUACUGAUCUUGCUAACUGCAAGACCUCAGAGCUACAUCCAACAAUACUGCAUUAAGUAAAAGCGCCAAUGCUGGAAACAUGAAAUAAAAACAGCAAAUGUCACAAAUGGACAAUGCAGGGCUAGUCUCAAUUCAGAUAUGGGGUAUCCAGCCUAAAUAUUCUUUAUAAUGACAGCAGACCUCUCAUCUCUGAAUAUUUAUGCAUUUACCCAGUGAUGGGUUGCAAAGAUUUGAUUGCUCUACAUCAAGCUGGGAGUCGCGUCUUUGGACUAUGCAUCCACUGAGCCUUGUUCUGCUAGCUGGGAAGAUCAGAUUGCACCGGGGCUAUGCUGGACUUUUAAAUAUGUCCUUAUUGGAUUUUCCCUGGAGCAGGGCAUUGAACUCCAUUGAUUGGGGCUGCUUUCAAAUCCCAUCUCCUCUGGAGGAUUGCAUAGAUAGGAUUGAAUUAAAGCGUGUAUAGAGGCGUCUCGGACAGAGUUUCUUCUGGAAGCUCUUUGGGUGAUGACGUUACAUGUUUCUGUUGUACCUGAUUUUGUUUUGAAUAUGAUGGUCUCGAAUACUAA